UUGUGUGUUGUUUGGGAGCACUUCACUGUUCUCUCACUCAAAUUCUCAUUUUCUUAUUAUUCAUUUCUUUUUCCUCUGCUCUCUCUCUCUCUCUCUCGUGUCCCCUUCUCCGUGGGUGAAGUGGGUUUUUGCGAUGUCAGAGAAAGGGGGAAAGGGCGCUUCGCUGUUAAGCAAAGGGGGAUCUCUAAAAGGGAAAGAUGACAGUGCAACAAAAUCAUCAAAGGGAAGGAAGGUUCAGUUUUCUAAAGAAGGUGCAUUUGAAUCUGGAAUAAGUAGUUCACUUACUUCACUAAAAUCUGGUGGAAAAGGAGGAAAGGUUGCAAAUGGUGGAAAGAGUUCUCAGUCAAAAGACCCGCAUUCAUCAGAUCAAAGAGUUGGGAAAAAACUUUCCGAAAAUAUCAAAUGCCUGAUGGACUGUGAGGCCGCAGAUAUUUUACAAGGAAUUCAAGAGCAGAUGGUCAUGUUAUCUAGAGAUUCAACUUUCAAAAUGCCCAUAUCAUUUGACAAGGGACUGCAGUAUGCCAAAAACAAUAGCAAGUAUACAAAUCCGCAGUCUACUAGACGUGUUCUUGAACCUCUUGCAAAAUGUGGUCUCACUGACAGUGAGGUAUGUGUGAUUGGUAAUGUGUGCCCAGAAACUAUUGAUGAAGUGUUUGCUCUUCUCCCAUUAUUGAAGGAGAGAAACGUUGACAGACAAGUUCUUAAAGAUUCGUUGAGUGAGCUUGCUAAGCUUAGACGGCCGGUGUAAAGCCUUGUAAUGAAAGAGCUCAUGGGUGAGUUUUCACAUGUAGCACAUGUGAAACAAUUUUCAAACUUGGACACUAAUGUUAAAUUUUAAUCCAUGUCUUAUGUUCGGUUUUUAGUUUCUAGUCAUAUCCUACUAGGCUGUACAAAGGUCUGAUGCAGAGUUGUGAAUGACAAUUGAAUGAAUUUUGCAUGUACAAGGCCAUGGUUCUUUGUUCCCCUAGUUUGAGAUUAGGGUGAGAAAAGUUAAGAUUUGGAUAGGGUAUUAUAUAACUCAUUUUCAUACUCAGUAUAUGAAAAAAAAAAUAUUCGUGUUUUGGUUUUA